AGACAGCCUAUGCAAAGCCCAAGUCGUCGAUACGCUCUUCGCCACCAUGACAGCACCCACCUUCCUCCAGACAAUCACGUUGCAGACUUUCCUUGAGGCCUGGAAGACCUGGGACUACAAGCGAUAUCUCGCCAUCCUGAGCGACGAUGUUACUCAGGUCAUGCUACCGACUUCAAUGGGUGUUCCCGCCCGUGGCCGAGCCGAAGUCGAGCAUGUCCUCCCCAUCCUCAUGAGUGCAGUAACCAAUUACAAGCUCACGAUCCACAAUGUCCUGCAUGAUGCGGAGAAGAAUCAGGCGGCGAUUUACAGCACGGCCAAGGGCGAUGCGCCGUUUGGGGAGUGGGAUGUGGAGUCUGUCAUCUUCUUGACCUUUUCGGCGGCAGGCGAUAGGGUGGCUAAGAUUGAGGAGAUGAUGGACUCGGCGAAGAUGCAGGAGCUCAUGCCCAAGGUCAGCAAAUACAUACAAGCACAGUCAUCGGCGGGAGUGAGUGGACACGGCAUUGAGCCAGGCACGGAGUGAUUGGUUUAGUUUAUGACUAUCUGGACGGAUAUACUAAAACUUAUGGAUUUAUCGUUUGCGGGACAAAAGUCAUAACAAAAAGGUGUUCCCCCUAGUCAACAGUUCGGAAACGUACGACGCAUGACUACUGAAAUCAAGACACCUGUUACAUCAUAUC